AUGGGUAGUAUAGCUGAUAAUUGGAAAGAGCUAAGCGGCUCAAACAACUGGAAAGGUCUAUUAGAGCCUCUCAAUGUUAAUCUCCGCCGUUAUGUAAUUCACUAUGGUGAAAGGGUUGAAGCUAUUUAUGACUCAUUCAAUUGCGAGACAAAUUCUAAAGCGUACGGGUUUCCCCGUUUCCCCCCGGAAAAACUCUUCUCUGCGGUUGACCUACAAGAUGGUAAUCCAUACAAGUAUACUGUGACCAACUAUUUCUAUGCAUAUUCAGAGGUUGACAUCGACAAUGUAGCUGUUGCUCACCAAUCAGCGUGGAUUGGUUAUGUGGCAGUCGUCACAGAUGAAGGAAAAGAUGUGUUAGGAAGAAGAGACAUUUUGGUUAGCUGGAGAGGAACGAAAGGUGAAGUGGAGUGGAUCAAAGAUUUUCAAUUUGAUCUCGUCUCAGCUUCAGAUAUAUUUACUGGGAACAACAAUGCUCUGGUUCACGAUGGAUUUCACUCCAUCUAUACAAAAUCAAAAUCUGACUCCACAUACAAUAAGUCUAGUGCAAGAGAACAGGUUCUGAAAGAGGUGAAGGCCCUGGUGGACAAAUACAAAGACGAAGAGAUUAGUAUAACUGUAACAGGCCACAGUUUGGGCGCAGCUCUUGCAACAUUGAAUGCGGCUGACAUAGUGGCCAGUGAAAGUAAUAAGCCUACAGGGUCACACACCGCAUGCACGGUGACAGCCUUUGUGUUUGGGAGCCCUCAUGUUGGAGACGAUGGCUUCAAGACUGCAUUCGAUGCGCUUAGCAAUCUUCAUCUCUUACGAAUUAGAAACGCGAAAGAUAUUGUUCCUUGUCUUCCACCUUUUGCCUUAGGUGAUACAUCCCACAACUACGUUGAUGUGGGAGAAGAGUUAAAAAUCGACACUACCAAAUCACCAUACGAGAAGACCGAUAUUACCGACCUUUUAACCCUAUUGAGUGUUUGGCAUAAUUUGGAGAAUUACCUCCAUGGAGUUGCGGGGACGCAAGGAAGUGGGGAGUUUAAGUUGGUAGUUGAUCGUGAUUAUAAACUGGUGAACAAAGGGUUAGAUAUUUUAAAGACCGAAUACCAUAUUCCAGCCAAUUGGUGGACUGGUGUGAAGAACAAGUGCAUGGUUCAGCUGGAUAACGGCUUCUGGAAGCCGCAGGAAUAUGUCCCAGAUCCUCCUAGUACCUAAUCAUCCUAGGGUCUCUGUAAUGGAAAUAAGUUCCUCU